UUUGGCUCAGGGGGUGUCUCGACGUUUGCAGUGUGUAGUUGCUAUCGCCUACCAUCAAAGGCAUAACACAAAGUUUUUAUCGUUUUUUUAUCCUUCAAUGCCAGGAAGCACCCCGCGAACCAUGUUCACCGCUCGCGCGCUGUCUCAGGAAACUGAGGCGCCUCUCUCCGAGCAGGAGAAGGGGAAGGUGUCGAACCCCGACCGCUAUGCCAGCUCGGCCCUCACGCGGUGCCCAACGGCAGAGCUUCCCCCCUUCGACGACCAGGGCGACGACGCGCACGAGGAGAGCUGGGGCGCCGCUGCGCUGCAGAAGGACGGCGACGCGCCGGCGCUCCUCGAGUUGGCGCCCUUCGAGACGGUGCCCCUCAGAGGCCACCGCCCCCGGAGGGGCUCUGCGAUGCCAGCUUCGGAGGAGGCCCCGCUCAGGCGCCUCCGGUCCGAGGCGUACUGGGAGCAGAGGGCCGCCGUCGCCCGGCGGCCGGCGGGCUCGCGUUGGGAGCUGGGCGUGCGGAAGCGCCGCCAGUGCCUCGACGAAGAGGGCUGCCUCGGGCCCGCGGCGGCCCCGACGCCGGCCGCAGAAGGCGCCGCAGGCGCCGGAGCAGCGGCGGCCGCGCCGCCGGCAGCAGGAGCCGCCGAGGGCAAGGGCGCGGAGGGCGGCCUCAAGAGUUGGGCGGGCGCCAUCUCGAGGGAGUUGCGCCGCAGGCCUCUCGUGCCGGUUCUCUAGGUCUCGAUGCUUCCUGGUUGGGGCAAUCCGCACAGGAGGUUUUUUUGUUUCGUUAUGCUCGGCAAGAGGGGUCCUUACGGGGCCUCGGGAUCGUCAGAAAAUGGUUCAGGAUGAGCGCUGCAGCGACGAGCUCAGACUGUAACCCUUCGGCGAGCCCGACUGUGCUGCCCGAUGCCUUCGGAGCAUUAGGUAGUGGGUAGUAUUGCCGACUCCCACACUCGUGAUAGCGUCCACCAGUACAAUCACACACCGUGUGAAAACAUUGGCUCUUCAUGUCGUCGUAAAAACACGGUCCUGGGGAAGAGGUCCGGAC